GGCGUCUGAAAAAUGCAGCGAGAACUUUCGUGUUCCGUCCGAAAUUUGGUGAUUGUACAUUGUCGCGUUCUUAUUAAAUAGUUGAUUAAGAUUAUUUACGUAGAGGAAUAAAACGUAGAUUGAAGGAAUCAUAAAGAUUGCGAAAAUGGCGAUGUUUAACAAGCCUAAACGCAAUAUUCGUCGACGACAUUUCAACGAUGAUGACGAAGAUAAUGAGAACAGAAUGGAGUCCGAAGAUGCUCAUCCUGUCAAAAUUAAACCAAAGAAGAAGGAUAAACCUAAGCAGCUCCUUAGCUUCGGAGAGGAGCUCGAAGAAGCGGAUGAUGGGGAAGUUUUUAAAGUGAAGAAAUCGUCGAGAAGCAAAAAACUGAUGAAACAACUAGAUCACGAAAGAAAAAAAAAGAAAGGUGAAGAGAAAAUGCAAGUGGACUCUGAAUCAGCGAACAUGUCUGUUAAGCAGGAAAAAGAUUUAGAAAUAAAGACAGAUGAUCUAGUAGUAAAAAUAAAGAACACUGGGCCCCUUAUUUUAAACGGAAGGGCUGCAAUGGCUGCUGGAAAGGAUGACUACUCCUCUAAUGAAGAGGAAGAGGACAAUUUUCAGGGGCAUAAGUUUCAGAGGCACCGCGAAGACCGGGCUGAUACAAUGAAAAUGUUUUUAGAGAGUGGAUGUAUACCAGACCCUGCAAUGAUUCAUGCGGCAAGAAAACAAAGGCAAAAGGCUCGUGAAUUAGGAACCGACUAUAUUCCUAUCCAAGAAAAGAGUGAAGCGAAAGGAAAAUCGAGGUUAAUCAGAGAAGAGGAUCACGAUAGGAGCGAUGAUGAUUCUCAAGAUAGGCUUGAUAUGUUGGUCAGCACGGAAGCGCGUGAUAAAGAAAAAAGGAGAGAAGCAAUCUUUGCUUCACAAGUUACAAAACAUUUUUCAGAUGAUGAGGAAAGCGAACAUGGUAACGGAGAAGAAGAAUGGGAGGCUCAACAGUUUAGAAAAGGCGUGACUGGAGCUCAGAUCGCAGCAGUUCAACAAGAAUCUCUAAUGCAACAACAGUAUAAUAUGGGAAUGGCCGUGAAUCCAAUGAUGGCAUCAGGCAUGCCGAUAGAAAUGAUGAUGAUGCCAGCACCUCCACCUCCGCCGUCAAUUCAUCCACCCGAUCCCACCAAAGUCGUCCCCGUCGCCCCGAAAGAAGUUUUAAAUAAAAUGCGUGAAAGAUUAGAGAGUUUGAAGGAAGUUCAUCAACGCCAUCAAUCGAAUUAUGAGCAGCUACAAGUGGAAUUAGUACAAACGGUGAAGGAACUGGAUGAUGGAGAAGAGCGUGCGCCGAUGUUAGCACGACGCUUCAAAGAUUACCAAGAGUUGCGUGGGUAUGUCACUGACUUGGUAGAGUGUCUUGAUGAGAAGCUGCCUCAAAUUCUUGGACUGGAGCAACGCUGGUUAGAUCUUUACAGCGAGAGGUCACUUGAAAUUAUGGAGAGACGUCGACAAGAUACGAGGGAUCAGGCUGAAGAAAUCACCACAGCUUCAAGAGGUCAGACGGUAAGGAGAGGUCCAGAAGAUGAUGCUCGAAUUCGAAGGGCAACGGAAAGAGAAGGGAGACGUGCUCGACGCAGAAGAGCGAGAGAAUUGGCCCCAACUUUACCGAGACACUUGGAUGGAAUGUCGAGCGAUGACGAAGUUACAGAGCAGCAAAAUCUCGCUUUUAAACAAACUAAAGAGGAAAUCGAUGACGAAACCAAGGAUGUUUUCUCCGACGUAGUGGAUGAUUUUUGCACUGUUAAAGGAAUUCUUUCCAGGUUUGAAACUUGGAAAUCGAGAGAUUUUGACACUUACUCGGACGCGUAUGUAUCCUUGUGUAUACCGAAAAUCAUUUCCCCUCUAAUAAAAUUGCAACUUGUUACCUGGAAUCCCAUAAUGGAAAGUACGGAUUUAGAAAGAACAAAAUGGUAUUGUUCGUUACUUGUAUACGCUUUGAGCAGCAAGGAAACUGAAGAGUCACUAAGAAAGGAUCCGGAUGUUCGAUUAGUUCCAUCCUCUAUAGAAAAAAUUGUUAUUCCGAAAUUAACUUCUAUUGUCGAGAAGAUUUGGGACCCCAUGUCCACUUCCCAAACGCUUCGUCUCGUUGGAACAGUCAAUCGAUUAAUAAGAGACUAUCCGAAUAUGAAUGACACGAGUAAAUCGUUGCAGUCACUUUUUAAUGCGAUCUUUGAUAAAAUCCAAUCCGCAGUGGAAAAUGAUGUCUUCAUUCCAAUUUUCCCUAAACAAGUUUUAGAUCCUAAGCAUCAGUUCUUUCAAAGGCAAUUUGCGAUGGCGGUGAAGCUUCUAAGGAAUUUGCUCAGCUGGCAAGGAAUUUUAGGAGACAAUCGACUGAAGAAUUUGGCAUUGGGAUCACUUUUGAAUCGAUAUCUUUUAGCUGGAUUGAGAGUAUCUCCGCCAACUGACGCGCUUUCUAAAGCAAAUAUGAUUAUGAGUACUCUCCCUCGAGCCUGGCUGCAAGGAGAAACGAUUGAACAAUUAAAGAUGUUCGCCGCUUUAAUUCAGCAACUGAGUGAUCUUUUAGAUCAAGCAAAUCCAGCCCAUAAUGAAGCCUGGGAAUAUUCAAAAGCCAUUCUGAAAAUAAUCAAGCCUUCUUGAAUCGACUUGGUCGAAUUUUCUGAAGUCUCUUUACUUUCCUCGACUCUAAAUAGUUUUAAAAAACUCGUGGUUGACUUGUAAGAAAUGACACUACACUUGUAAAUGCCGCAGAAAAUAAUAAAGCUACAUUACUUUUGUCGACGAACAGAAUAAUAGAAUUUUGUACAGUUUGCGCUACAGGUUUUAAUAGUAAACUCUUUAGAACGUCAUCCUAAUAAUUUUAUUAUGUAAAUAUUAUGCAAAUAGAAAAUAAACAGGACUGGGAAGUAAA